AUGAUGAAAAGAUUUAUCGAGUGUUGUGAUUUUUCUCGUUUAGAUCAACCACCAGCGAAAAGUUUUUGGGUUAUUUUACGUUUGGUCUUCUUUUUUUUUGCUAUUGAAUUUAUGUAUGCAGUCGAAACAGCGCUUACCGUACCUAUUCUAACUUCACUACGCGUACCUGAAUCAUUCUACUCUAUGGCUUGGCUUAUAAGUCCAAUUUUGGGCUUUUUUCUUCAACCAAUUGUCGGCAUGUGGAGUGAUUCAUGUAAAUGUCGAUGGGGUAGACGGCGGCCAUUCAUUCUGGCCUUUGCUAUUGGUGCUUAUAUUGGCGUCACAUUGUUAUUGAAUAGUUCAGAUUUAGGUGUACUUUUUGGUGAUUCAACAGCGCCAAAUACAGUUCCAUAUAAAGCAGUCAUAUUAACUGCUAUUGGCGUUACAUUUCUCGAUUUUUGUGCCGAUAGUGCCGAUGCACCUGUACGUGCCUAUUUAAUUGAUACAACAAAUCCAUCGGAUCAAGAACGAGGAUUCAAUAUUCAUGCUAUUCUUGGUGUUGGCGGAGGUUUAGGUUUUAUUAUUGGUGCUAUUAAUUGGCCAUAUAUCCCGAUGUUUAAUAAACAAGGUGGUGAAUUUAGUGUGAUAUUUUAUUUUGCUAGUUUCUUAUUUAUCGUUUGUUCAAUAUCAACGUUAACAAGUGUUCGUGAAGAGCCACUUAUAUCAUCUUCAUUGUCAUCAUCAGCAUCCCGCGAUAAACGUGAUACCGAAAAUACUAACGAUGAUGAUCAAGCGGAAGUAGAAAUCAAUGAAAAGCGUCCAUUACUUACACUGCAUCCAAACAGUUCACGAGCACAUACCAGCACAAAUAAAAAUAGUCGUUCAACAGCAAAUAUGUUUUUCAAUGAUUUGAAUAAGCAAGAGGGUUUUGUUGAAAUGGAUCCGGGUACAGGUAGACGUAUACCUCAUGAUGAUGUUGAAGAAACAAUGAAUUAUAUUUUAUUACGAACUAUGGAACGCUCUCAUCAAAUUGUAGCUGCAUCAUUGGCCAGUAGCGAUCCAUCAAAUAACGCUCCAGUACCAACGAAUGCAUUCGAAGCUGAACUUAAACAAAAAGCAAAACUAGUUCAAUUAGGACUUAUGCGACGUCCUGAACAUGAAGAGCCGGAUGAUUAUGAAGAAAAAGACAAGGUAACAAUUAAAUCAAUGGUUGUUUCAAUGAUUCGAAUGCCUCCUCGAUUAUGGAAAUUAAUGAUAUGUCAAGUGAUUGGUUGGGUUGCUUAUUUUGCUACUCAUUUAUAUUUUACUGAUUUUGUUGCUACGGCCGUUUACAAUGGCACUUUCGAACAUGAUGAUGAUGCUGGUUUUGAACGUUACAAAAAAGGUGUUGCAAUGGGCUGUUGGGGUUUAGGUCUAUAUUCAGCUAGUACUGCUGUUUAUGCAUUCUGCUUGGAGCGAUGGUUGGCAGAAAGAUUCUCUCUAAAUUCUCUUUAUUUUGUUGGCUAUGUAGUAUAUGCUGUCGGCUGUUUGGUGAAUUAUUUUAUUCAUAAUGUUGUUGUUAAUAUUAUUAUGUGUUUCACUUUUGGAAUGUUAGUUGUAUCAUUGAAUACUCUUCCAUAUCAUAUGCUUUCAAAAUUUCAUACUGAUGAAACCUAUAGAAAUAAAGAUGGUACAAAACGUGGCAUCGGUGUCGAUUGUUCACUAUUGAAUAGCUGCUAUUUUCUUGGUGAAUUAAUAGUGGCGGCGUCGCUGGGUCCAUUGCUGGAGCGUACAGGCUACGAGAAAAUUAUUUUUGAUAAUUCAAAGUAG